AGUGACUCCAGCUCUGUCUCUAAAACAACUUCUCAGCUCGGGAGUUUUGGCACCGGAGUCCCCGACCACCUCCGCUUCAUCCCCGGGCUCUGCAGCCGGAGCGUCGCUUCCAGCAGCGGGCAGACAUCUCCGGGGUUUCACCGGUGUGAGGAUUAAUUUCUUGGGGUGAAGGAGGGAUUUUACUCGCCGGGGGAGUUCUCUGCGGCUCAAGGGGGAAACUCUGUAAAAGUUUCGGGUCUGAGUUUCUGAUGCUCUUUGAACCGAUCACGCGUCCCGGGAGCUCUUGACGAUGGUCGGUGGAUCGUGUGCGGGAUCUCCACGGUGUUGGGGGGGUUGACGGCUCAGUGAGGGGGCUGUGGUAGGGUUGAGUUGGCGACAGCAGGUCACUGAGCGGUGGCUGAGUGGAGCCUUCUCCUUCAUGACUGAAUAUUACCUUCUCAUGCUGCAGGGGAGCCAGGACACGGUGACACCCGGCUGCGCAUGCUGUGCGCACCGUGCACACACCACUGGUCCUGCGCGACGAGUGUAAAUCAGAUGUGGCAUCUCUCGAGACCCGGACGGGACCGACAGGACACAUCCAAAACUGUCUAGGCUGUCGCAUGUUUAAGUCGAAACGCUCAGGUCUUGUACGGCGACUCUGGAGAAGCCGUCUGGUCACCGAGAGCGACGGGCGGGAUGGAAGCAGAAGAGGUGAGGGAGCACGGAGCGGUCCGUGCGCGGGGAGACACUCAGGGAAGCUGCACAGACACGAGCAGCGGCCGGUGGCACACGCCGAGCCGUCCCCGGGACUCGCGGGGGCUGAGGCUGGGGACCUGACGGAGUGCGCGGAGAGGGAGGACGAGGAGCAGCCGGACGAUGACCGCGGUGCCAUGUGCGCCCGGGAGCACAGGGGCUCUCGGCCGGGACAGGAGGGCGACAGUAGUACGGUGACGUGUUGUUUGUUUGGGGAAUGGGAUCUCCGACCGCGGAGCCCUUACUGGGCCCCGAGGAAAGACAGAGGGGGGCCUUGUCAGUGCGCAACGAGGCAUGCUGGGCUGGAGGAUGAACUCGCGAGCACCGCUCAUGUUUUUCUGAAGAGACUCAAGGAGAGGUCUCUGGAGGCCCUGGCCAAGGCUGUGGACGCCAAGGGAGGGCUCCCCAGCGAGUGCGUCAUGGUGCCGGGCACCGAGCUGCGGCUGGGUGCGCAUCCCAUCUCCCCACAGUUCCUCCUGUGUAAGCUGUACCGCUGGAGCGACCUGCCGCUCUCAGCCCACCUCAAAUCACUGUGCCACUGCCAGAGCUUUGGCGCAGUGGACAGCGCGAAGGUGUGCUGCAACCCCUAUCACUACAGCCGCUUAUGUGGGCCAGAAUCACCUCCUCCUCCAUACUCUCUGUCCCGUUCAGACGAACACAAGCCACUGGACUCCACUCUGUCUUACACUGAAACUGUGCCCCCCCCCAUCUCCAGUCCGCCUCACAUCAUGCCAAGAGACUACACAGACACUGGUACCUCCCUCGGCUCCUCGACCUCCAGCGGACAUCGCUCUCACUGGUGCAGCGUUGCCUACUGGGAGCAGCGCACACGCGUGGGUCGCCUCUAUCCAGCCUACGAGCCCUCGCUCAGUAUCUUCUAUGACCUACCUCAGGGCACGGGCCUCUGCCUCGGCCAGCUCCACGCCAAUGCCUACCACACCCGCCGCGAUGACCCGGGCAGCCACGGCACGUCGGGCCUUCACGGACAUCACAGCCACGGGGGCGGAGGGCACAGCAGCAGCAGCAGCAGCAGUGUACAACAGAUACGCAGUAAAAUCGGUUUUGGCAUCGUGCUGAGCCGCGAGCCGGACGGAGUGUGGGUGUACAACCGCAGCCAGCACCCGGUGUUCGUCCACUCACCCACUCUGGACCCACCCAGUGCCCGGGGGCUGAGCGUGAAGAGGGUGAUGCCGGGCUUCUCCCUCAAGAUGUUUGACUAUGAACGCUCCAACUGGAUGGCUGAGCAUGACGUGAAGCCUGAGAGCCAGGAGGGGCCCUGGGACCCCCACAGUGUUCGCAUUAGCUUUGCUAAAGGAUGGGGCCCAUGCUACUCCAGACAGUUCAUCACCUCCUGUCCCUGUUGGCUGGAGGUGCUACUAAACAACCACAGAUAGCACACAAACACACACACACACGCUCACAUGAGGGCUCCUGACCCAGUAUCCUAAUUGUAAUCUACCUAGAUUUAAUAUAAAAUUUAUAUAUUAUAUAAAAUAUAUUAUACAUGUAAAUACUUGAGUCAUUUUUACAAUGCAAUUAUUUAUGUAUAGUGUAAUGUGUAUAUGGACAAAAUAAAAAGGAACAAGAAUAUGCACUUUUGAUUCUCUAUAUGCAUUACAGAUUCUCAGUGUCAUUUUGCAGACGUAAACUGUAAAAACCAAACAAACCUGGUUUGUGUUCUCAUGAGUUAGGAAUUCCAUCAACAUGUAUGACAUACACACAUUCUCAAUAAAGUUUUUGUAUUAAA